UACAAACAUUUCAUAAAGAUAAAAAUCGAUAUUAAAAAAUAUUGAUCAAAUGGGAAAGUUCACAACCUUGAGUGGCAAAUUAAAAGACCAAGCCUCGCAAAUGAAACUCAACGUCGUUCAUUUGUGUAGUUCUGAGAAUACCAAAACCAUUGACGAAGCUAUCUUGAAAGCCACGAGUCAUACCUCGAACGAACCACCUUCCGAAAAAUACAUCAAAUGUAUCCAAUCAACAGUGGGAACGUCAUACUGUCCUCAGACCAUCAGUGCGAUUGUGCAGAGGCUGCGUGUGACGACGGACGUGUGCGUGGCUUCUAAAUGUCUCCUUCUUAUCCAUAGUAUGAUUAAAUCCGAAAAUGGUUAUGAAGGAGAAGAUGGUCUUGGUGGCACUAAUAGUCAUCGUAAUUUUAUUUAUGACGAAGGAGAGAGUCAUCUUAAGUUGAAUGAUCUUAAUGUAUAUUCAUCUCGUUUUACUAGAGAGCUGGCUCCAUGGGUUCAAUGGUACAAAGAAUAUCUUAAUAUUUACAUAUGCAUUGCGGAGGUUUUAGGCGUUGCUCCAAACAUAAAAGAAAAAAUUGAAGAAAAGCGUUUGGAGACUCAACGAGUCUCCUCUUACACAACCGAUUCCAUUUUCAGACAAGUUGAACUUUUGGUGAACUUAUUCGAACAUAUAAGUGUCAGGCCAGAAACCCCGAUGGGGAAACCGAACGUAAUUGCUAUUAGGAUGAUAGGACUGAUGGAACAAGAUUACAUCUCGGUGAUGAGAUUGAUCAAGAUAAGGUUUGAAGAAUUGGACAAGAGAACAGCUGAUCCGGCCGAGCUGAUUCCUAUUUUGGUGAGGCUUGAAAAGUGUAGGGAAUCUUUGAGCGAGUUUCGUUGGCGAUGCGAACCUUUGGACAAUGAAUUUUGGGGUUUGGUAUUGAAAUUAAAAGAUAACUAACGUUAGAAGACUACAAAAGAUGGAUAAAGAACCUGGCCAGGUUCGAUAUAAUAAGCUCUUUUAUUGUUGUUUUAGAUGAUCCCAUAAAGCUGGUUCGUUAUUUAUUAUUGUACAUGGUCUAAUGAAUAUGA